UUCUGUCUUUGAUUCGUUGUAGCUUUGCUUUCAGGUAACAACAGUGUUGAUCGACAAUGCUUAUUGUCUGAGGUAACCUUGCUUUUAUUUAGUGAUAAAAAUUCUAUAUAAUAGAACAAAAAUAACUUGUGUUCAGUAUCUGAUAUGUUUGUUUGUCGCGUUGUAUUUGUUUUGUGUUCUGUGUUGAGGUGAUGGAGUGAUGGUGAGAAAGUAGGCGACUUGGUCAUCUUCUUCUCCUCUUAGACAGCUUCAGAACAUCAGGUUAGUCACUCUCUUACCCAGAACUAUUAAUCAGUGAUAGGAGAACUCGCUAUCUCAUUGUGUUGUGUUGACUAGUUCGGCGAAUCUUAUUGUCUUGUGUUGAGUAGUGAUAUGUCUCAUCUUUUGUUCUUUUGUACAUACAGAGAAGAGAUCAAGCGGAGUAGUAGAUUGCGUGCUUCAAUUUUUCAUGUUCAUCAACGACUUCACCAAGACGGUUGCUGGCGACAAAGGAGAUUGCGUGCCAAGGUUUGUGUCCUGAACUGUCUUUUUUUUUUUUUUGUUUUCUAUAAACUGAAUGAACUGUCUUUUCUAUGAACUGAACAAUGUUUGUGUGCCAAUGUUCAUUCAGUAUCUGAUAUGUUUGUUCAGUAUCGUUUGUUUCAUCACGUGUAGUUAUUUUUUUUUUUGUGUUCUAUGAACUGAAUGAACUGUCUUUUUUUUUUUGUUUGUGUCCUGUGAUGAGAACAAUGAAGGAUUGCACGAGUACAUACACCACCUGGUCGAGUAGUUUCCAGCUUCAGCCGAUAUAGGAGCUUUAAGGACCUCAGGUUAGAAAGCUCUUAAACGUAUGAAACUUAGAUGGCUUUGCGUAGGUUAUCGGAUCACUGACUUGUUUAGGUUGCUUUCGUAUAUGAUAGAACAUUAACUUGUUUAGAUGGCUUUGCGUAGGUUAUCGGAUCACUUGCUGUUUAUGUUGCUUUGCUUGUUUACGUUGCUUUGCUUGAUUACUUGUGUUUGUGUACUUGUAUAAUAAAAUUUGGAAUUUUGAAAAUCAACAAUUAUAACAGAUUUUAAAAAAUAUAUUAAGAAAUUUUUUAAAAAAUAGACAAAAUUUAGGAAACCCUAAAAAGUUAAUUUCAUUCCACGGCGUGAAAAAAAAAACACAAAACUUGAGAGUUGAGAGCGAGAGAGACCAUGGGAUCAAGGAGCCAGCCCGAAGAUCAGUCGACGUUUGAUCCGAAUUACACCCCGCCAAAUACUGUGGACUUUGCAACUCAGGCAGUCUUAGCUACUCUUGCUGCAGCAGCUGAGGCUGGUGAUCAGAUCGCUUCUCAGGAAGCUGGUGUAACUCGUGCUGAUGGGAAGCAUCAAGGAAGCAGAAAAAGGCUUAUCAGUCUUGUUGAUGAUACUGAUGAUUCUGAUGUUGAAAUCAGUCAACCAACCCAAAAAACCAAGCCUCGCAGACAGACCAGUUUCGGAACAGCCACGGGGAAACCCAUGUUGCAAUCAACUAUCGAUGGUGGCGUUGGCUCGUCUGCACAGGCGUGUAGUAAGGGGAAGUCUGUUCCUAUGAAGUCUGUGAUUCGUGGAGGGAGAAGAAAGUCGCCUACUAAGUCCAAAAAGAAGAAGGUUUCGCCUACUCAGUCGCAAAAGAAGAAGGAGAAGGUCGCAGAGGACAUACCCGAGCUUGGUGAUGAACUGGAUGAAGAAGAGUUUGAUGAGGAUGAAAUCGGUGAAGAGGAAAGGGAAGAGAGGCAAAAAUCAGAUGUCUGGAAAGAUUUCAAGGUGGUCGAAAAACCGAAUGGAAAGUUGAAAGCUGCAUGCAAUCAUUGCAAACAUGAGUAUGCAUGGCAAUCUCAUUCGCAUGGAACCAGUGGGUUGCGAAGACAUCGGGAGAGAUGUAAAAUGUAUCCAAGGAAUCGAGGAAGGCAGCAACAACUCAAUAUCGAAGGGAAAGUGGUAUCUCGCAAGUAUGAUCAUACUGUGUUUAGGCAGAUGGUAGCUAAGACAAUAGUCCAGCAUGAUCUACCUUACUCGUACGUGGAGUAUGAAAGAGUGAGAGACACGUGGAAGUAUUUGAAUGCUGAUGUCCAAACCAUUUGUCGAAACACAGCGAGAGCAGAUGUGUAUAGACUCUAUGAAAGCGAGAGAGACACACUCAAGAGGGAAUUAGCGACUCUCCCUGGACGAGUCUCCUUCACGUCUGACUUGUGGACAUCCGUGAAACGGGAAGGAUACAUGUGUGUGACAGCACAUUACAUUGAUCGGAAUUGGAAGUUGAACAGCAAGAUCCUGACGUUUUGUGCUCUACCACCACCACAUACCGGUAUGAGUAUUGCGGUUCAACUCCUCACGUCACUGAAAGAGUGGGGAAUUGAUAAGAAGGUGUUCUCAGUCACAUUAGAUAAUGCUACAAGUAAUGACUCCAUGCAGGACAUUGUGAAGUCGCAGCUGAAUUUGAAUGAUGAUUUGUUGUGUGGAGGAGAGUUUUUUCAUGUAAGAUGUGCAGCUCACAUACUUAAUCUCAUAGUGCAAGAUGGGUUGAAGGUUAUUGGAGACUCUUUGCAGAAAGUAAGAGAGAGUGUUAAGUAUGUAUUAGGAUCGGAAAGCCGUGAACAAUUGUUCCAAAAAUGUGUGGAUGCUGCGGGUGUAGUAGAAAGUGGGUGGCUGAUACUGGACGUGUCAACGAGAUGGAACUCAACUUACUAUAUGCUUGAAAGAGCCCUCAAGUACCGUAAAGCAUUUGUUAAGUUGGAGACAUUUGAUAAGAAGGGUUAUAAAACAGCGCCCACAGAUGAGGAAUGGACUAGAGCCGCUAAUAUCUGCGAUUUUUUGGGUCCUUUUGCUGUGAUCACAAGCUUGAUGUCUGGUUCGAAUUACCCGACUGCAAACCUGUAUUUCUAUCAGGUUUGGUUGAUCCAUGAUUGGCUUCGGGGAAACGAGGAAAGCGCAGAUGAGAUUGUCAGAUACAUGGUGCGACCGAUGAAGGAGAAGUUUGACAAAUAUUGGGAUGAAGUUAGUGGUGUUUUUGCAAUGGCAGCAGUCUUUGAUCCACAGUUUAAGCUUUCAAUUGUUGAAUGUUGUUUAGGGAAGCUUGACAUAAGUACACGUGAUGCAAAGGUGAAGAACUUGCGUGACAAGCUCAGUAUUCUGUUUGAGACAUACGACAAAAACUCCAAGAAUAACUCACCUUCCACUGAGCCACGUGACACUGUUCCGCAAAAAGCUUGUGCGGCAGGAUCAAUGGGACUGUUUGGGAACUACAAUGAUUUCUUUGCAUUUCGCAAAGUCAGUGGAAUUGUUAGUGGAAAGACACCUCUAGAAGCUUAUCUUGAAGAACCACCUUUGGACAUUACUAAUUUCCAGAGCUUGGACAUCCUCGAUUGGUGGAAAGAUAAUGCGCAUCGGUAUGGUGACUUGGCUGCAAUGGCAUGUGAUCUGCUAAGUAUUCCAAUCACAACAGUGGCUUCGGAGUCCUCCUUCAGUAUUGGAUCGCGAGUUCUAAACAAAUAUAGGAGUCGUCUACUCCCAGAAAAUGUGCAAGCUCUGAUAUGCACUAGGAAUUGGAUCAAAGGAUAUGAAUCUUACGCACAUGAUGAAGAAAUCGAUGGUGAUGGAGAAGAAGAGAAAUUACCAACAUUUGAGUCCAUUGUUGAUGGGGAAGAUGAAGAUGAGUAGAUGAGCAAGUUUGAAAUGUUAUCUUGAUUUGGUGUUUUGCUUCAAUUACAAUUUCUGUUUUUUUGUUUAAGUUGCAUGAUUUUUGGUUUUGAAUACUAUGAUUUGGACCAUUUGGUGUUUCUCUAAAUUUUACUUUAGUUGAGACUUAAUUUUUUA